AUGUCUGAACCUGGUCUAGGCCUCAGGGCCACACGUCUUAAUCAAGUUUUUGGUCAGGCACUCGCUCGAACUCUGCGCGCCAAUUCAUACAGCAACUUUGCGGGCUGUUUCCCUACACCAGCAAAAUACGUACCCGCUAGUCUGGAGAGUGUGUGGAGACAACUCAACGCGAAAUUGGAGGAGAGUGCCUCGGCUGAAUUUGACGAGAUUAUUACCGAGAGGGAUGCAGUUGGGUAUUUGAACGAGCUGGACCGAUUGUGUAGCGAAGCUAAGGCCAGGAAAGAACUCGAGGAAGGAAACGGAAAGGAGCCUGGAGACGCGCCACAUACACUAGGUGCGGACGAACUUUUUAACGCGUAUCUUACUCCUUAUCUUCAGGAAGCGCAGUCAACUCUAAAUAAAAAGCUUGAAUCUACGCAAGCUGAAAAUACAGAGCUGGCUCAAAUUGUCCAAGCGCAGAGGCUGGAGAUCGAAAAGAUAUUAUCUCACCUUGAAUCGAUUCUUGCGGAUGUUGAGGGGGCUGCUACGGCAGCGACUAAGUUCAGUGCAAAGAGCCACCUCCGCCAGGAUGCUAUGGAGAUGAAUGACGAAGUCAAAUAA